UGAAAUCGUUCGGACAGGGACAAUUUUGUAUGACACGAUUUCAUCUUCUAAAUACAUCAACACUGCUUAAUGUUCGUCUCUUCUACCCUAACAUUCUAAAUAGCAUCAAAAGGCCUUUUUGGUGAUGAUAACAAUAUCAAAACUGAGAUUAUAAGGAUAUCAUCAUCAUUAGUUACUAACAAUAUAAAUACUAUAAGAAAAGGCCAUAAUAGUGCCUCUUUAGCACUCUCAGAAUGAACAGGAACAACUUUACCAACUCUCAACGGAAAAACACUGAGGUGAUACUGAAACCCAUCAAAGUAAAGCUUCUCCAUGACAACUGAAUCGACGAGCCAGCUUCCACAACUAUAAUCUGCGACCUGAAGAUGGGCUGAUCCGCAACACGAGAUCUCCAAAGGAAAUCACGAGGUUGCAUAAGCCAAUGUCUUGACUCUUGACACACAGAGAAGCACAAACAAGACACAUGCUUAUAUACGAAUGUGGAUGAUAGCAUUCCUUAUUCUUCAAGCUAGUUGCUUUAACUAAUGUUACCGAUACGCCUGGCAAGAUUAUAUAGAAAAUGUGCUAAAAGAAGAUCCUCUUUAUUUUAUAGGAGAAUUAUAUCGGAUGUAUCCAAAAAAUUUCUUCAAGUUAUGCAAUUUUCUCCAAGAGAAGACAAGUUUAACUGAUACAGGAUAUAUCAGCUUUGAAGAAAUGAUUGCAUCUUUUCUCUUAGUAGUUGGCCAAAAUUCGAGGUAUUGCUAUACAAGAUGUACUUUUAAGAGAUCCAAGUUUGCUAUAAAUAAAAAAUUUCACAAAGUUUUACGAGCUUUAAACCAAAUUUCACCAAGUUUUAUGGCUAUGGCCGGAUCUGGAACACCUCAAAAGAUUAAAGAAAGUACAAAAUUUUAUCCUUAUUUUAAGACAUCAUGUUUAUUAUUUUUUACCAUGAUUUAAUUAUUAUUUUCUGUAGAGCAUAACUGUUCUUCUAUGUUCAGGAUUGUGUCGGAGCUAUCGAUGGUACACAUAUAUUUGCAAUGGUACAAAAAAAAGUGCAGCUCCUUUCCGCAACAGAAAAGGUGAUAUAUCGCGAAAUGUGUUGGCUGCAUGUAAUUUUGAUCUUGAAUUCAUAUACGUGCUGUGGAUGGAAAAGUUCAGCUCAUGAUUCAAAAAUAUUAAACGAUGCUUUAACAAGGAACACUAAUCGACUACCAGUUCCAGAAGGUACAUAUAUAUAAAUAUAUAUUUUAAAUCGUACAUAUGUUUCUAUAUAAUUAACUAUUUUAUUGUGUAAUAUCAGGAAAAUUUUAUCUAGUUGAUUGUGGUUUUGUAAAUUGCCAAAACUUUAGAGCUCUAUACUGAGGUGUUCGAUACCAUCUACAAGAGUUUUCUGGGCAAUAUUCUACUCCUCAGAAUGAUAAAGAGUUGUUUAAUCAUUUUCAUGCUUCCUUGAAGAAUGUUAUCGAAAUUUUUUUUGGCAUAUUCAAAUCUCGAUUUCUAAUUUUUAAAUCUGCACUUCGUUUUCCUUACAAGACACAAAUGGAGAUCGUACUUGCGUGUGUUGGGUUACAUAAUUUUUUCGUAAGUUUUGUAGAACAGAUAAUUUUCUUAAAGAAAAAGACUCUAAUGAUGUAGAAGAUCUUGAAGAAGUUAAUAACAAUGAUGAAGAAAUUUUUGUAACUCAGGAUCAGCAAAGAGAACAUACCAAUCAAGUGAGAGUCACAAUAGCAACAAAUAUGUGGAGUGAUUUUAUGUUAUAAAAAUCACCUAUGAUAUAAGAAAUGAAAAACAUGUGUUUUAGUUUUUAUAUUUUUUAUUUUACUACUAAGCUGAAUUUAUUGCAAAUCCAUUUGAAUAAAUAAUCCACCUAUUUUGAUUUUGAAUUAUGUAUCACUGAUUCUGAAUUUAUUUGUUUGAUUUUAAAAAUCAAUAGAUUUAUUAAAUCCAAAGAGGAUUUCUAAAUCCAUUAAAAUACUAGAACCAAUAACUCCCACUAAAGCUCUAAAGGGAUGUUUAAUGGAAUUCAAUUAAUUAAUGAAUUCAAUGGAAUUUAAAUUUAAAGUAAAAUACUUUGCUAUUGGAUUGAGUAUUUGUUAGAUGAAAUUUGAAAUAAACUAAAAUCAUCUGUUAUUCAGUUUCCAUUUGAUUUUAUCAGUAUUCACUCUUCUUGAAUUUUAAUAGAUUUUUGUAUCUAAAAUAAGAGUAAAACAAAUACAAGACUUUUGCCUAAUAUUUUGAAGAAAUUCAAUUGUAUAAAUAUUUGGAGCACGAGAGAUCUAUUUCACAUUCUCAGAUUUUGAUAGGGAAAGUGAGAUUUUGACUGAAGAGAGAAAGAACACACUAAUAAAAGUGUGCAAAAACUCCUAGGAGUUAGAAUCCAUGUCCAAAUAAUAUUUAUUGCCAAAAUGGAGAAGUCUAAACUGAUGGUGUUUUGUAUUAUGUUAACAAGUGAUUUGAUUUAUUAAAGCUAUGCAAAAACAAAUUUAAUUUUUAGAAGAAUCUGAAAAUUGGAGAAAGCAGCAAUAGGUUGAAGAUGAUUCAAAACAACUUCUACUACAUUUGCAAAUUCCACUUCUUAACUGCCCAAUAAAUUAAACUAAUUUAAAAAUUAUUUUUAAGCAAAAAAACUACUUUCUUAUUUUUUUUGUUUAUUUAUCUUUUCUAUUGUCUUCAGAAUGAUAAGCGUAGCCUGAAAAAAAAGUAGGAGGAGGAGUCUAAAGGGUGUUUGGUAAAGAAUUUCUAUGUAUUAUGUCUAAUUUGUAUUUUCUAUCUUGCAUCAUUCUUUAGUAUUAUCAUAGCUGCUUUUCUACACUACAUUAUAGACUGGUUUUUUCGUUAUUUUUUGUGAAUGCUUAGUAAUUAGAGAAAAAGUUAUGUUCGCUUUUUUUUUGAAAAAACGUUGUUUUUAAUCUGUUAGACCAAAUGAGCCAAAACAGUACAUUUUGAAUAAUUGUCGGGCAUGGCCUAAAACAUAACUAAAGAAAAUACACUCAAGAGUGGUUACAAAACAGGUAAAUGAUUAACAUGAAAAAAGUUAUUUCAUACAUAUCAAUUUACUAUUGGAAAGAUAAAUUUUGGUUGAAAAGAACAAAGACAAACAAGUGUGAUUACCAGGUUGUUAUUGUUGUGGAUGAUUCACUAGCAUGUCGGUAUAAGCUGUAAAUUAUGCAAAACAAUUAGGUGAACACUUUAUUCAAGUACUUGCUGUAAAUAUUUUAGUCAUAUGAUUAAUAAAAUAAUUAAAUCUAUAUUUACAGUUUAGUAUUUGAAAGACUUAAAACUGCUUUGAUUUCUGUAUUUUAUAAUAGGAAAACGGUCAUAAAAAGCCUCAACUCUCACAUUUAUGUCAUUCAAAUUGAUAAAAAUUUGAAAAUAUAUUAUUUUGGUUCAGAAUUUUGGUUAAGAUCAGUAUAGUUUGGUUAAAAAGUUUUUAGUUAACCGAUUACCAAACCGAACACCAAAUGUUUUUUAGUUGCGAAUCAAACCAAACAGUUCGGCAAAUUCGGUUCGGUUUGGAGGUCUAUUUUGGCAUUCUCUAGUUGAAUACAUGGUUUAAGUUCAUUGUGAUAUAGACAUUAAUACAUGCAUGGUCAAAGCGUCGAUUUUUCUUGUAUCGAUUCUUCUACACCACAUCCAACUUUUAAGAAUUAGGUCAUGAUGUGUUGCAUGAUACUUGUUCAGGAGAUAAGACAUGGUCUGUCACACACUAGACAUAUUCGUUGCUUAACAUAUUAGCUUUUACGGAAUCAAAUAUUAAGUGGUGAAAGAAUAACUCAAAGCAAGAAAAAAGAAUAUAAACUUACAUUACCAUACAAAAAGCUUGUCCAUAUCCCUUAUCUGUAAUAAGCAAGGCCAUUCUUUCGGCUAUGGACAACUCCAGAAAUGGUUAUUCUCAUGAUCCAAAUCAAUCUAAUAGAUAUGACUCCGAUACAAGAUCAUCGGGUUGGCGAAGAAGGCCUGCUUUCUCUGUACAAAACCCUUGGUCCAGGACUGGUUCGAUAGUUAAUAGGCGAUUUCUCGAUGAUCCUCCUUCGGCUUACCCAUCAACUGUGUACUUACUCGUCAAUUCAUUAUCAUCUGAACCUAUUCUGCUUUUGAUUUUGUUUCCAAGUCUUUGCAUACUCUUCAAGAAUUUGAAAACCGUUGUUCUUGACAGAGAUUCAGUACCACCAUUACCUCCUACUCCGCAUCAUGUUCCCAUCCGAACCAGCAACAACGUGCGGAGGCAGCACCUAGAGGCACUAAGGCAAGCUGUACACAACCGACAUGAUAGUACUAGACACGAGAGCAACUCAAGAUCAGCAGCAGCAUCACAAGCCAAAGAAAAGGAAGAUAUUCUGAAAUAUCUAACAAAAGAGACAUACAACCCUGUCCCAAAAAGCCAGCUUCUCAGAAAUCUGAGCUUAUACUAUAAAAACAAGAACUCAGGCCUCGGAAGCUCAAGAAACCCUCAAGGUUACUCCGGGGGAGACGAGAAGAGAUGCUCAGUGUGUUUAGAAGACUUCGAGCCCAAGGAAACUGUGAUGCUUACUCCAUGUAAACAUAUGUUCCAUGAGGAAUGUAUAGUUCCGUGGUUAAAGAGCAAAGGACAGUGUCCUGUCUGUAGGUUCGUCAUUAUCACGCCAUCAAGACGAGAAUCUUCUCCAAGUAUUAGCCCUGAUAUCGACGGAGACAUGACAGUGAACGAUCUUUUCACAUUACAGCUAAUCUCUAUGGUACAAGCAAUGGAGGAAACUUUCCUCUUUGGUUAUCAUCAUCGCCAUUAGAAUCAUAACGUUGACAUCUCUAUCUUUGUUGUACCUUUAACUAACUCAAAUAAAUAAUACUCCAUCUUUUAGUAA